AUGAAUACUUCCCUUUUUGAUUUCGCCGGAGGAAUUCAGCUCUUAGACGGAGUGGACGUCACCGUCGCUCUGCCUGGUCUGUUAGCAGGGAUAUGCCUGAUAGGGUUUGUUGGAAAUGUACUGCUUUUGUUGGUUCUUGUUCACGAUUUCAGAAACGGCAAAGCAUCUAUAGUCAAUACUCUGACUGUCAACCUCAGCGCCAUCGACCUGUUGAUUUUAAUAGUUUGCCUUCCUAUACGCGCAGCCACCUACGGCAGACAGUCGUGGACAUUAGGCAGUUUUGUUUGCAAGACGGCAGAUUGGUUUCAGCACUGCUGCUUGGUCGCUAAAAGUUUCACACUGGCUGCUGUGGGGCAGGCAAGGUACAACUCUAUCUUAAACCCGCCAAAAUUCAUUAACUUCAAUCCGAAGCGCGUAGUUGUAAUCCUGUUCUUCGUCUGGACUGUAUCAUGUAUUUUGCCCAUCCCGCAUAUGGUGUUUACUAAUUUACCGCGAUACGAGGGUGUCGCCUUGUGCGUUUUUGAAGUCCCAUUUUACGCGUCAAACUUUAUGAACGUUUUCAGCAAGAUCUACCCGGUGGCGGCUUACGUUAUACCUAUCAUCUUCACCGCUACGUGUUACACGAAAACACUGCUGCAAACUAAACUGCAAAAGAAGAAAGCGCACAACCCUCGGCAACAGAACAAGCGGAUUACCCUGAUGUUGGUGUGCGUCAGCGGCACCUAUUCGCUCAUGUGGCUGCCCGAGUGGAGUGCUUGGGUUUGGGCACGACACAGCUACAGCGAGGGAGACAAACCCCCCAACGGCUUCAUCAUCUUUGCGCAGGUGUUCGUGUAUGUAAGCAGUGCCGUCAGUCCCAUUAUUUUCUUAGCAGUGUCCGAGGAUUUUAGAGAGGGGCUCUUGAGUGCGUGGGUUUUCUUGAGGUGCAAUGGAUCAAAGGCUGCAGGGGGCAGCUGUAGCCCGAAGACCGGGGAGAACGGAACGGAGAUGGGGGCUAGUGUCAUCAAUUCCCUGCAGGACUUGAAAACCGUCUCUCCCACAGCGAUUUCAGAGGUAGCGAAAGAUGUCUCCAUCCGGAUUUUGCCAGAUGUGGAGCAUUUUUGGCAAGAGCGCAGGAACACGACAGCCACUGAAGUGCACGAUCCGGUCCCUUGGGAGCGCGAGGACAAACAAUAGAGCGAAUGCCGUUGUUUUUGUGGACUAUUUACCGAUUGACUGUGGUCGCCUUUUCGCGCCGACGACAUGGCAACUGAGACGCAAAUUAUCGUGUGUUAAUGGCCAUUUAUUUCAAACAAAGCUAUAGAACUCAUCAAAAGUUAAA